ACGGUAGCCAUUUUACGUGGAGAUCUUGUUCGCGUAAGCAGUAGUGUAGUGCAACGCGCGUGGAUUUUUCGACGACCCCGUCGGGACACGGGGGUGUAACGCCGUGCGGGCCGUGCCUGUUUGCGUCGCACGAUGCGCUGAGCCAGUUUGAAUUUCAACUUUCGGUUCACUCGGGAUCUCAUAUUUAUUUAUUAGCGGCAGCAUCAUGUUUGCGUCAAAGUCCAAAGAAGUUGCGGACGAGUACAUCUCAUCCUUGUCCGAUCUCACCAUUAACAGUAAGCCGCUUAUCAACAUGCUCACCAUGCUGGCCGAAGAUAACAUUGAACAUGCACCAGCGAUAGUGCAAGCCGUCGAGACUCAUCUGCAAAAGUUGCAAAGCGCUCCUUUAUGUAGAUACAACGAUAAUGUAUCUAUGUCACAUAUAGCGUACAGCAUGCACGACAGUUUUGUAAUUUCGUCUUUGUUACCAUUUUCCUUUGCAUCGCACAAUUCGCGAGUUGUUUAUAGGUAUUUAUAAACGAUCUGUGAUACUUUUGUAAAGAAUAUAAUUAAUGUGUUUGCUAUAUGAGCACAGUGUCAGAAUAAUAAUUUUUUUAUAUAGAAUGAGCCUUCCUGUCUUUUCUUUUUACAUGAAUUAAUUAAUAUUUAGAAAAUUCGAGAAGGCAUGUCUGAAGAACUGCAAUAGUUCGAGACUGCGUUUUAUGUAGAAAACAAUAUUUUAUAUCAAGAUUUAUAUAAUAGCGAUGUUUACGUUAUAUAAUGUCAAAAUAAAUACUUUUUUUUAAUUAUUGACUUGAAUAUUGUAUUUAUAUUAAAAUAUUGAUACGCCACAUAUUUCAUUCCUUGAAAUACAUUAAUGUCAUAAAUUGACGUAUUAUAUAUUUUUUUAAAUAAAAUGUAUGCACUGUAUAUACGUUGUUAGGAUUACAUAAUGUUUAAACAAUAUUUGUAAAAAUGAAUGAUUAAAUAGGUAUAAUUUGUAUAAUAAUCUAUUGUUUCUAUGAGGAAUGCAAUAACAAAUACAGAUUUUCAUGUAUAGAUUAUCCUGAAAUUAUUAUAUUUUACCUAGCUAUAUAUUCUUUAACAAAUUUGUAACUGACAUUUUCCCAAUGGAAAUUUGAUAGGUGGCUAUCGUUCACUGCACUUUCUUUUACUUUACAGCAUUAAAUGUACUGGCAAUGCAGCCGCAGUUAAAUAUUUGUACAAAUAAAAUAUAUUUGUAAUUAA